AUGGCGACCAAGGCGCUCGAGGCUCAUUUCAGGCAUCUAUCUGUUCAUGAUGAGAACGAUGGACACGAACAUCAAAUCUCCAAACUUGCAACUACCAAGCUCCGUCCAUCGGAAAGAAACCAACAACCAAAAAGCUCUACUGUUUUGCGAACUCGAAAGCCCCUCUCAGGUAUUUCGAUAAAUACGCCUGAAGGAGUGGCCAAGACAAAAGAACAUCACAUCACUAUCAUCAAGCAACAAAGCACAGCCUUAGACCAUGUUGCUUCGCAAGUAGCUCAAGCUAAGGGCGGACAAGCUCUUUCCGUGGCUCAACACCCCCGCACUGUUGCGUUAUCGGAGGCAUCCAAGGCAGAAAAACACUCCACUCAACUUAUAAAGCAACCUGCCGCUAGGUCAUUGCAUCUAGGUAUGUUCGAAAUCGGCCGGGCCCUAGGAAAGGGCAAGUUUGGACGAGUAUAUCUUGCGAGAGAACAACAAAGUGGUUUCGUUUGUGCGCUAAAGGUGCUACACAAGGAUGAGAUCCAACAAUACAAGAUGGAAAAACAAGUGGCUCGGGAAAUUGAGAUUCAAAGUAAUUUGCGUCACCCGAAUAUUCUACGACUAUAUGGCCACUUUCAUGAUCGGAAACGAAUAAUGUUGGUUCUUGAAUAUGCUUGCAAAGGAGAGUUGUACAAGCACUUGCGAAAGGCGGAUCGUUUUCCAGAAUGGAAGGCAGCCCAAUAUAUUGCUCAAAUGGCAAGUGCUUUACAAUGCUUGCAUCGAAAACACGUCAUUCACCGGGACAUCAAGCCUGAGAAUAUCCUUGUUGGUCUUUAUGGAGAGCUAAAGGUGUCGGAUUUUGGUUGGAGUGUUCAUGCGCCAAGUGGUCGCAGACUCACCCAAUGUGGAACACUGGACUACUUGCCUCCUGAGAUGGCUGAUCCGAGGAAGUACGGAAAGCCAUAUGAUGAAAAGGUGGAUCUAUGGGCCCUAGGUGUUUUGAUGUACGAGUUCCUGGUUGGAACGGCACCCUUUGAGGAUACGCCUGCUAUGACACACAAGCGAAUCGCUCGGGGGGAUAUGAGGAUUCCUUCUUUUGUUAGUCCUGAAGCUAGAGAUCUUAUCCAAAAGCUACUGGUCCUUGAUCCGGAUCAGAGAAUUCCGUUGGAGAAAGUGCAAGAACACCCCUGGAUUAUCAAAUACUGUAAGAGCGUUGCAAAACAUGAUAAAUCCCCACCUCCCAAGAUAAAUGCCCGCAUGCCUCGCCCUGUGAAGUGA